UGUGGCAGCAUUAUAAAUAUGUAAAUUAUAUAUUGUGGUAACAUCAUAAAUCUGUAAAUUAUGUAUCUUAUUAUAAAUAAAAGAGUGUGGCAGCACGAUCUGCGGCCAUGUUGAAGAUAAAGAAGAACGAGUGCAGAUCAUUUAAAAAGAGCGUCCAACAUAAUAAAAUUGUUUAAAAUAUCAGAAGUGGUUGUAUUGCGCCCAAAAUGUCAUCAAACGAGGAUUCGCUUAGUUUAUACACAGUUGAACAAUUAAAAUCAUGGUUGCGUUCGCUCAAACAUAAAACAACAGGUAGUAAAGCCGAACUAAUUGUUCGCCUACAAAAAAUUCCUGAGGAGCUUCGUGGAAAUUUUCGAAACUCCAUGGUUGACGUUGACGCUGACGUUGACUGUACGCAAGCCAUCAUUGCGGAAAAAGAACAAGCUGAUGAAAUCAACGAAGGAGCGAGCAGUAUAAACAUCACCGAGGAGUGUGGUGAAUUUAGCAAUGGGAUUGUACCACAAUAUGACGCAAGUAAUCGAACGAGUGUUGAAAAGAAACAAAAAGAGUGUGAUGCAAACGAGUGGCGACUUUUAAAAAUCGAAUUAGAAUUGUUGAAGCGUGAGUGUGAACUAAAGAAGAUGGAAAAUGAACUUCUAAUGAGAGAAAAAGAACAGUUGAGAAAUAGUGAUAAUCAAACAAAAAACAUUUCCAAUAAGCAAAAGUUCGCAGAUGUUAAAGAACUUAUAUCUGAAUUUUCUGGUAGUGGUGAAUGCCUUAAGCUAUGGCAAGCACAACUAAAAAAUAUCCAGAGUGUUUACCAACUUGAUGAUAACAACCUAAGAGCAUUAAUUGCAAAUAAAUUAAAAGGCAAUGCGCUAAAGUGGUUACAUUCUCGAGAUGACUUGAUUUUAAUGCCAAUCGACAAGUUCUUAAAGGAAAUGAGCUCGCUGUUUGAAGAAAAAACAAGCAAUUUGAUGCUAAAGAAAAAGUUUGAAAUCAGGCAGUGGUUGACUACCGAAUCGUUUCGAGAAUAUUUCCAAGAAAAACUAAUUCUGGCAAAUAGAAUUCUAAUUGGUGAAGAUGAACUUGUAGAAUAUCUAAUUGAUGGUAUUCCGGAUAACACUUUACGUUCGCAAGCUAAAAUGCAACGAUUUCAUGACAAAUAUGAAUUGUUAGAAGCGUUUAGAAAUAUUCAAUUGCCACGAUAUAUAUCAAAGAAAAUGACAGCAGACAAUCAACAUGAGCAGUCGAAUAAUGGACAACAAACAACAAGAGUCGUGAGAUGCUACAAUUGCAACUCCGUUGGCCAUUUAGCAAGUGUAUGCCGAAAACCCAAACGAGAGCUUGGUGCUUGUCAUGUAUGCGCUGAAGUUGGCCAUUUAGCAGCAAAUUGUCCACAAAGGAAGAGCCGCCCUGUACAACAUGUCACAGAAUUGAUGGAAGGCGAUGAAUAUGAUCAUUAAUUGAUACGGGAAGCCCCAUUAGCUUUGUUCGCCAACAGUUCGUACCAGAUGUAGUAAUAAACAGAAAGAACAAUGUAUUUUUAAAAUAUAGUGGUAUAAACAAAAGUCCAUUAUCUAUUGUCGGAAAUGUAAACAGUUUUAUUUUUUUCAAAAAUAAAAGAAUUGAAUUAACGAUGUUAGUUGUAACAAAUGAAACAAUGACUCAUCC